UGUGUGUGUGUGUGUGUGUGUGUAUGUGCUCUGGUGGGCGAGGGGACUAGGAGGCAGGCGACCGACGCCAGACCGGUCUUCUCCUCUUCCGCUUGGCGCGACAGCAGCCUCACUCAUUGGCCCGACAGUGUCCGAGUCCCGGAGUCGGCCGGAAGCGGAGCUCGGCACACCGAACGAGCGACGAGUUCGAGGCCGGUCUGGCUGCGCCAUGCCUCGGUUUCUGGCAAUUUCCAUCUUGGCCCCUUCGAAGCAAGGCAAUGGCGUGAAGCGAAUCCUCAAACGUCAAGUCACUUCACGAGCGGCCAUUAA